UCUUUCUCUCUCUACAGACAUGAGAAUCAUGCUUUUGUCUCUCUCUACUCCAUUCCCCACGAUUAUAAGCACUAAUCUCGAGAUGAUAAAGAAACAACCUCCCUCCCUCCCUCUUGUUUCAAAGGUCUCUUCCUUUUUGGGCGGGUCUUCAGGAAAGUUUGGAUUGUUCUGUUUUAAGGGACGUUUCUUUUGUUUCUUGUACUUCAGGUAGUGUGUCACGCUUUUUCUUCUAACUAACUGUGGAACCUUGUGACGACUCUAUCAUUAUUCUUCUGAGCUCUUGUCUGGCCCUUGUAAUAAAAGUCUCUGUUUUGUUCUAUUGUUAAGUGAUGGCUACUGAGGAGAAGCCUCUUGAUUCAAGCCAUGGUGACUCUACCACUUCUUCAAAUCAGAAGGCAGAAGGAUCAUAUGCUAUAACAGAAGGGACUUCUACAAAUGUUCAACAAUGGAGGAGAAAGAACCUAUCUUUGCAGAUACCCUCAAGAGCAACUGGUCUCUCUCCUGAAGACUCAGUUGUAAUCAAAAUGCCUCCAACUCCUAGUCCAACUCCAAGAAGAGUGAACUUCUCUUUGACUUCAACUUCUCCUGGUCCUGCUUCUUCUAAUGUUCCUCCCCGGGGAAAAUCUUCCCUGAAGAAUAUAAUCCCAAAAGCUGGCUUCAAACCAAAAACCUCUCAUACCGAUAUCGAAAAGGGACAAGGGGAUGUUGUAUCUUCUCCUUCUUCAUUGCAGGAGAAGGCUUCAAUAUCGAGAUCACUAUCACUCUCAAAGCUGUUUACCCCUAGGAUCAAGAGAACCUCAUCUCUACCUGUGACUUCCAUUGUUCUUUCAAAGUCAGAGUCAGCUCAUGGAGGAAGCAACGCUGCUCCUCAAACUCCAAGUAGCAAAGGAAGGGUGCAGAUAGCUAGAUCUCUCUCUGUGCCUGUUAAUGACAAGGAAGCAAGCUUAAAGAGAAAUGACUCAUUCUUCAGAGUCAUUCCUUCUACUCCUCGUGUAAAGGAAGGAGACGUUUUCUCAAAUGCAUCAGAGGCUGGUAAUACCGAAACAUGUGAAGCUGAUGGAGAAGACAUACCUGAGGAAGAAGCAGUGUGUAGGAUUUGUUUGGUGGAUCUCUGUGAAGGAGGAGAGACUUUGAAAAUGGAGUGUAGUUGCAAAGGAGAACUUGCUCUUGCCCACAAAGACUGUGCUCUUAAAUGGUUCACCAUAAAGGGUAACAAAACCUGUGAGGUGUGUAAACAAGAAGUCAAGAACUUACCUGUAACACUCCUAAGGAUCCAAAGCAUUCAAAAUUCUGGUGUUCAUCAGCUUGAUAUCACUGGUUACAGAGUUUGGCAGGAGAUCCCGGUUCUAGUAAUCAUCAGUAUGCUUGCUUACUUCUGCUUCCUUGAGCAGCUCCUGGUUGAGAAAAUGGGUACGAGUGCAAUAGCGAUAUCACUGCCAUUUUCUUGUAUUCUUGGUCUUCUUGCAUCCAUGACCGCAUCAACCAUGGUGAUGAGAAGAUCUGUGUGGAUAUACGCAUCAGUCCAGUUUGCUUUGGUGGUUCUCUUCGCCCAUGUAUUCUACUCCGUGGUGGAGUUGCAACCAGUUCUGUCAGUUCUCCUGUCAACAUUUGCUGGAUUUGGUGUCUGCAUAUGCGGAAGUUCAGUGAUGGUUGAGUUUGUGAGAUGGAAACGUAGAUGGCGAGCCAGAAGCCUAGAUCAGCAGCAGCUGAACCAUGCUCAGACGCCAACAACCUCUCAGCAUCAUUCAAAUGCCGCGUAGUUAGGCAAAGAUGAAUCUUCAUGUAUACAGUAGUUGGUUAAAUGUUUGUGUAUGGUUUGUAUAAGAAAAAAGAAAAGUGGAAAGACUCUUCUUUUGUUUGUCUGUCUUCUUUACAUUUAUUGUAAGUUUGCAACUUUCCCAAUCUCUAGAAAUGAAAGGUUUGCAGUAGUA